AUGGCAGAUAAUUCAUCUUCUCACCGACAGCCUGGUCCUCGACCAAAUGUCGGAAACAAUUUACCAGUAGAAGGGAUGGUAGAAGAGGCCUCAGACGAUAAUGAGGUUCAAUCUAAUGGAGCAAAUAACCCUGUUACUCCAGGGAUAUUUCCCACAAAUCCCGCUCAAUCAAUUUUACCACCGAGAGAAACUCCGAUAUCAUGGUAUGUCCGGUCACAAGGGGCAUUAAAUGCAGUGUACACGCAGUUGUGUGCUCAAACUGUUCCCGUAACACAAUCACGAAGGCCAGGAUCUAGAGCUCAUGCUUCCCAGCGAGAAGAAUCAACUUAUGAUGGUACAAACAGCUACCAGAGACAACACCAUGAGUCACAGCCUCGUCAAAGGCAAUCGGUUCAUGAUAGGCCUCGAGCGGUUUACAACCCUGAGGCAGAGCAUAACUAUGACUUAGUUUACCGCCCUGCAGAAGCAGCGGAAAACUCGAAGUUUAUAUUGGAAAUAGCUCUGGCUCCGUUAGAAAGGGCAAAAUUACCAUCCAACGUCGGGAAAUUCAAUGGGUUAACUGACCCCGACGAUCAUCUGAGAGUCUUCACCAGCGCAGGGUUGGUUGGCGGUUGGACUCUUCCGCUUUGGUGUCAUUUGUUUGUUCAAACGUUAACUGGGCCAGCGCGAAUCUGGUUUGAUAACCUACCGACGGGGCAAAUCGAGUCAUGGAAAGACCUGCGCCAAAAAUUCUUAACACACUUCAGCCAGCAAAGGCGUUCCAUGCGAGAUACAUCCGAUGUGAUGAACAUAUGGCGUCGAGAUGACGAGAAUCUGGAAGAUUUUAUAACCAAAUAUAAUAAGGAAGUAUUGGAGAUCGGUGGUGUUCACGAACAGCUAAUCCGUGCUCAGUUUAAGUACGCGGUUAGAUGUGACGACAUGGUCAAAGUAUUAUCCGGGACAGAGGGCCUUCCCAAGAGUUGGGAAAAGAUAAUGGCGGCGGCCAAGGUUUAUGCGCAGACGGAGAAAAACCUUACUACAAAUAGGCCACCACCACCACACAGCAGGCCCACAGAUUUAAGUGCAACGGGCGAGCGAAGGUUCAAAAAAUCAUGGCGCGAGUCAUCCGGAAGCCGCUCCUCUGAAGAUGCUCGCACAACAAUUAACAAACUCUCUGCUCAAAGAGAAAACAAGCAUGAAAAUAGGGAGAGGCAGUGGACCCCCCUAACAAAGACCCCGGCGGAGGUGCUGAGUACCGAGGACUAUCAGUUCAAACCGCCAAUCCCGAUGAAGAGUAAACGUGGUCAAGACCUGGCGCAAUAUUGCGAAUAUCAUAAGGACACUGGGCACACCACAAACAACUGCAUUUCCUUGCGCACCGAAAUAGAGAAAGCCCUCAAAAAUGGGGAGUUUGCGCAUCUACUCCAGAAUAUGCGCAAGGAGAUAAAACAGAUUACCCGGGGAGAAGAAACCUCCAGCAAGCGGGCAAAGACUUAA